AUGAUGGUGCAGAGAGAUGGCGCGCAGCAGCAGCAGCAGGUCUCCGCCAGCGCUGCCUUGUACCCCUCUGGACCUGGAGCUCUGCCUCAGACAGCAACGACGCUAUCAGGCCACAAGAGGAAGGCAUCGACACAAGACAACGAACGGCUCUCCAAACGGCUCAGUCUUUUGAAUCUCGAGCGCGGCGGCGGCCCCAAGCUAUUCGCCUCGGUCGAGCCGUGGUCCGCCCGCGAGGCAGACGCAACGACGGAUCAACAAAGGCACACUCUUCCUCUCGCACCAGCACCAGAUGAUUUGAUGCAAGUCGACGACUCCAAGCACAAGGUCUACAUUUACGACAUCGACAAAGAGCUCUCGGCCGACGGCGAGAAUGACGCGGGCCAGGUUGUCCUCCUCGCAGACAUCAAGAAGCACCUUCAGCAGAACUGCAUACCGCCUCAGGUUCUUGCCAACCGCAACGAUGAGCUUGCGGACAUGCAGAUGGUCCUGUACAGCGACCCCAAGUCCCUGACGGUGCCGGAGGAACGAGACGGUGUGCGCAAGGCCGUCAUCGAGGCUCGCCGCCGUGUUCGAGAGAGGCAGAGGCAAGAGAGGGGGGGCGUCGCCUCGCUCGGCGGAAUCGCCACGGCCCAAGUCGUCGAGGCCCGAGACGAGGAUGGAGAUGUCGAUGCGAUGGACAUGGACUAG